AUGCCGAUGAAACUUGACGGAAGCUGCCAGUGCGGCGGUGUUGAAUUUACGCUUCAGUCUCAAACACCAGUUCCCUAUCAGCUAUGCGCCUGUAGCAUCUGUCGCAAAGUAGGCGGGUACAUCGGCGCCGUGAACCUAGGCGGCAUUGCCGACAGCCUAAAAGUGCACAAGGGCCAAGACCUUAUCAAAAAAUACAACGCCAUCAAAGAUCGUGGAACACCCAAGGAGGAAGUUUGUUCUUCUGAGCGUAACUUCUGCUCAAAUUGUAGCACUAUGCUUUGGCUGUGGGAUCGUCACUGGCCGGAACUGAUUCAUCCAUUUGCAUCGGCUAUUGAUACUGAGUUGCCUGUACCCGAUGAAAUGGUUUGUGUUAUGGCUGGAUCGAAGCCUGCGUGGGCGAAGUGGCCCGAGGGGAAGAAGACUGUGAAUGAGCUUUACAAUGGGGAUACGAGUAUUGAAGGGUGGCAUAAGCAGCAUGGGUUCUUUGUGAAAUAG